AUGGAGCAGCGUCUCCUCGAUGGUGUGAGGGCGGCCUGGGAUUCCGCACCCAGCCUUCCAGAGUCCCAAGCUCUAGCUCUGCUGACCUCAGGGGACUCUGGGCCCUGGCCACUGCCCUUCUAUCCCGUGCUGGGAGAAGCUCCACGUGACAGCGAUGACCACCGCGGGGAACUGCUUGCCAGCCCUUGCUGGAGGCUGCACUGGAAGUACCUGCAGGAGGGCGUCUUGCCCACAGCCCGGAGCACCUUACCCCUGAGCCCAGCGCAGCCCACUCCUGCCCCACAGCCUGGGGCCCAGAGGAUGCCAGACGCCCGGCUGCCCAGGGACCCUGCUCACCGACGCUGCAGCCGCUUCCCGGGCCAGGCGGUCCCGCCCGGUCUUCCCACCGCUGCACGGGACACCUCGGCCAGCCGGCGCCCCUGGCAUCGCGGUGGACGUCCGUUGCCCGCUCGGCGCAGCCGCCGGCUGCGCUCCGCCUGCCUGGAGUGGAUUCGUCGCGCCCUGAACUACUUGGCUUGUGGCGGCUGCCCUGGGAUCGUUGGCGCUCAAGGUUCCUGA